AAGAGUGAGUAUAGUUGAAAAUCUUUCAGUUUGAGUCGUUACGAACAAUGCAUACCCGCUUUUUAUCAGCAGUUAUACUAGUGAUGGCUUUAGGGUGGACAUCUAAGUCGAUCUCAGACGGCCUUAUGGUCCGAGUGUCGGAAAAUGGAGCAGAUGAUAUAUCCUGUCGGGAAUCGAAUGCAACCUUUCCGUGUAGAUCCUUAGGAUUCGCUUUGGAAGCUUUAAAGGACUCAAGCAAUCGAAAUGAAACGAUUUUCACUUUUUUGGUUGACGCUGGGAGCGUUUACAGUCUCAACGAGAGAGUCAAAAUUAACCAGACAAGUACCUCGGUCAUCGUUUAUCUGAAAUCUAGCAGUAACUCAACUGGUGGUCGAUCGAUUAUUCGUUGCGCGGAUGCAAAGGCUGGAAUCGAGAUAGGAUCAAACACGAGCAACACAAGAAACAUUAACUUCGUGGACCUUGAAUUUCAAAACUGCAGUUUUCGUUCUGUUGCUGCUGUUGUUUUAAUAUGGAAUUCUCGGGAUAUUAACUUCACGAAUUGCGUAUUUAGAAAUAACACCAAAGCGGGAAUCAAUGCUUUCGAUAGUAGCGUGGCAAUUGAAAGAUGCCAUUUCUUGAACAAUACCUCUAAUGGGUAUAAUUCAGGGGAACCUUACAUAGAAGGUGUCACUUCCGCCGGUGGUGGAGCAGGAUUUUUAUACCAAAGGGCUUGGAAUCUUUCCUUAAUAGUCAAAGACUCUAUCUUCGAGUUCAACUCCGCCGUUACAGAUGACACUACAGAAUUUGUCGCGCCAACCUAUCAUGUAUCACAAAAUAUAAUUCUAGGUGGCGGAGGCUUUCUUGUUGUGUUCAGAAAAAACGCCCAAUUUUGCCGGGCUUGGAUAGAAAAUACUCGAUUUGCGAACAACAGCGCAACGGUCGGAGGUGGACUCUACGUCGAGCAAUCUGACUUGGCCAUGGGCAACCACUUCACAAUGGUUAGUUCGAAUUUGUCAGGGAAUACAGCGGGACAGGCGGCAGGGGGACUAAGUUUGACACAGUGGAACAAUGCUUCCAGCUUCACAACAGUGUUUAAAAAUUGCAUCGUUAGCGAAAACGAGGCACAGCGAGGAGCAGGGAUGAAUGUAUUUUUUAUGAACUCCGAUGCAACUUACAACGACUCUGUGUUAAGGUAAGAGAGCGAUAUAUUUAGAGGCCCACCUGUACAAUGAAAUUCUGGGUACAAAGCCAAUGACGCAUUUUGGUUUUUCGAUAAAAACUGUAUUUCAAUUUUUUUUUUAAUUUCAACGAAUAUUCCGCCGAUAAUUUUAGUAUGGUCGACUCUCUUCUCGUUGGCUGGAUAGCAAAUAUUUUCUGCGCUUUAGCCGCAGGUUCUAUAGUCUCCCUCGCAGCCGUUUUUUGGAUGUUUUUUGGAUGUCACGCAACGCGUUGCGUGACAUCCAAAAAACGGCUGAGAGAGAGGCUACAGGUUCUACGGUCAAUCGAAAUUUUAAGACAACUACUUUCAAAUGAAGUUCUUCUCGCACUCCCCAGACUUCCGCUAAAAGGAGUAAACUCUCGGUCCUGGCGGCGGGGAAUCCGCAAUCGAAAGGAAGUUGACAGGCUGUAUUAUUCACAAUUCAAAUCCAUUCACCCCAUAUGAGGGAAAGGAAGGUUCUGGAAUCCGGAAAAUUUUUGCUUGUGGAAUCAGGAAUACAGAUCAAGGAAUCCGGGAUUGGAAUCCAGAAUCCAAGUUCCACUAACAAAGACUGGAAUCCAGUACAACCCGGUACCUGGAAUCCGGAAUCCACGGCGUGGAGUUCAGAAUCCAGGCUAGGGCUGUCGUGAAUUGAGGUGACAUAUGAUGAAUCCAUCCUAAAAGGCAAAUGGGAAAUGGUCAAGCUGACAACUAACCCAUGCAGUGCAGUAUUUAGCCUGUGGGUAGCCUGCGAAAACAUCCGUUUCUCCACGCUCUUCGCCGCCGGGGACGUUUCCCCCGCGCGAAACGUCCCCAGCGGCGAAGAGCGAGGAGAAACGGAUGUUUUCGCAGGCUAGCCUUUGGGCUGUUCACUACCUUACCUAGUUUUCCGGUCUAAAAUGGUUUCGAGAAAGUUUUUCCGUGGGUGCAUGAUAUCAUGGCUCCGAACAUGCCACAGUUUUUCUUAGACGUCUAUUCAACACAACCUAAUGUUACCUUAAAAAUUAGUACAGUCGACAACUCUUUUUAAGACGAACUCCUCUGGUACCGGUACUUUCUUAGAGAGAUGUCCGUCUUAAAGAGAGGCAACUUUGAAUUAUGAUAUAGAAAGGAAGGGACCAACUCUUGAUCUGCGUUCUAGUGAGGUGUCUGUCCUGAGGAAUUGUCAGUCUUGUAGAGAGUAAACUCGGACAGGCGUGGAAGAACUUUACUUGCCCGUUUUAGCGAGGUGUCCGGCCUUUAAUAAAUCUAAUGGGCAUUUUACAUGGAGGGAGGAAGAUCCUUGAAUACCAGGAAGAUCCUAGAAGGCGGAACAACUUCACA